UCAACCUCGGGAUGAACAUGGCGUUUUUAAAGCGCAAGCAGAAUCAGCUUAUCGCAUUUUUUAUCAUGUUAUUUUCACACAAUUGUGGUGCCGAAAAUACCGAGAAUACAUUCGUUGCUACGCCAGACUUUGCUCUGACGAUGUCAUUCAAGACGGUGACGUCAUCAUCAAAGGUGCGUUGCGUCGGCGCAUGCGCGGCGGACCAGAAGUGUUUGAGCGCAACCUACAUGUUAUCGACUAAGCAAUGUCUGAUGUCUGAACUGCCUCUGGUUGCCACAGCGGCGAGUGGAACUCCGAACAACGACGCCGUUACUUAUAGCAUGGAUGAAUGGCUCUUAGUGUUCCGCGCUACUCCGGGUAUAUUUGUAGACGCACAAAUAGCCUGGUUAAACGGAAGUAAUGUUACUACAAGUGACGUCACUUGCCAGGUGUUAAGCGCCACAGAAUGCGCUCAUCAUUACCGUCACCCGGUUGUUAAUUUGUGGAAUGUUCUUGGCGUGAAGCAGGUUAAGCUCGUGUUCUUUAAAGGACAGCAACAGAAGUACAUUAUCUUCGAUGGUAUCGGUAGUGACAUAUCAAACUGGUUCAAGCAAUCGAGGGUCUUGAAUUCAUCAUGGUCGAACCUGGCCAGCGAUACGUUGCCAUUCUUUUCGAUAGAAGGAGACUUUGAGCGGAACUUCUUAACGAGUUAUCCCUACGACAGUUGUGAAAGCGACACAUUUUAUACACUCGUGCUAGAGGGCAGGACCGCAGGGAAUCGCUGUUCCUAUGAAGACCUCGCAACCUACCCACAAUUCUUCUUCGCCACUGGUGACAAGCCUGGCAAGCCCAUGCUGGGGAUGGCUCUUGCAGACCUCUUUGCCAUCUUCAUAAAGUAGACUCGUCGAAUUGAGACGAUCCUUGCAGGAGCAUGGUACCGACGAGACUGGAGGAUUUCAUGAUUGACCAUUAUGAAGUCGCAAACAAUGUUUACGAACAAGUGUAAAGUUUGGUUGAAACUGAAUAAAUAGUGAUUAAGUC